GAGUGGGGGUUUUUUUUUUUUUUUUAUUCAAUUGGUUAUUUGAAUUGAAGGCAUUUAGCUGUGGAGAAGAAUCGAACGUUGCUCAUUAAACUAUACCCAGAAAUAUCGAAUUUAACCAGAGACAGUCCUCCAAUUGCAUCGUUUAUCAUUCGAGUGGUCUGCUCCGUGGGAGAUGGCAAGUCUUUGAUUCACCCAGAAAUUACAGACAAGAAGCUCAAGAAUAACGACGAUUUUGUUUGGGCAAUUGAGGUUCCAUUAAUGGGGAAAUUCAUAAUUGACAUUGAAUUCCUUGAUUUGAAGAUUGUACCUUUAGAGGUUUCCAAUGAAGUGCUAGAAUCUGGUGAAGAGACAUACUUCCCUGCACUUCAUGUUGGUUUGGAUAAUCCUUCUGCAAUGAAUGGCAGUGCUGCUCCAAAGUCACGCAUUCCUCAAAUGGUUGCUCAAACACUGGGUUUUGGCCAAAACCUGGUGCUGCUGGUGAUAGUAACUGCAAUGUCAGAAAUUUUUUGGAGAGAUGCAAAAUAUGGUCUAAGAAUUAAGGAACUUAGUUUUUUAAUUUUAUCAAAAAGACUCAACAAUGACUUCAGAAACUAUUUGGCAAUCCUGGGCCUUAGUAAUUGA